AAAGUCUAUAAGUCAGACUGCAAGUGGUAAAAUAUACAGUUUGCAGUAGAAUUGAAGAUGGGGAAAAUGGUGCCACUAGUGGCAUUUGGAAUAUUUCUGCUGUGUCAGACAGCACUGUCAGCUCCGGCUCCAAGCCCAUCUUUCAGCUUUGGAAACCCCGGUGCUGCUGCGCUGUCUGGGCCCAUCUCCUUUGGCCUUCUAAAGAGCGGACCAUCAGCAGAUGCCUACCCAGAGCCAAACCCAGAAGCAGACCCAGAUGCAUACCCAGAGGCUCUGCCACUCCCUGCUGCUCUGCCCUUCCCUGAGCCCGAACCAGAGCCUAUGCCAGCACCUGAGCCUGAACCCGAGGCUAAACCAGAACCCGAACCUGAGCCCAUGCCAGCCCCUGAACCCGAACCUGAGGCCAAACCAGAACCAGAACCUGAAGCUAAGCCAGAACCUGAAGCUAAGCCAGAACCUGAACCAGAGCCUGAGGCAGAGCCUGAAGCUGAGCCGGAACCAGAAGCUAAGCCUGAAGCCAAGCCUUCUCCUUUCGGUGACGCCAGACCUCACCCCAAGCCUCGUCCAGGCCACAAGACCAAGCCUCAUCCCAAUCCUCAUGCUGGACCUUCCGGACCUUCUGGACCAUCUGGACCUUCAGGGCCCAGCCCCGCAGCCCACCCUCUAGCCUACCAGGAGCACCAGUCAGGUCCUCACGCUGGUCCUGCCCCAUCCCACCAAGGACCCAACCCGAGUGCUCACGCUGAGGCUUACCCGCACCCAGCUGCCAACCCAGACGCUCACCCAUACCCUUCAGCACAACCCAUGCCAGUUGCUAACCCAGAUGCCCAUCCUUAUCCGUUUGCUCAGCCUUUGCCAUCUGCCAAUCCUGAGCCUCAUGCGUUCCCUUACGCUCAGCCCAUGCCUGCAGCCAACCCUGAAGCUCAUCCUUAUGCCUCAGCUAACCCCGAUGCUCACCCAUACCCAUACGCACAGCCCAUGCCUGUGGCCAACCCUGAGCCACAUGCGUAUCCUUCAGCUUACCCUAACCCCGAGGCUCACCCAGCUGCUUACCCAUCAGCAAACCCAGCACCCGCUGCAUACCCGACUGCUUACGCUCAACCCUCAGCCAACCCUCAACCGUCACCUUACGCUCACCCUGCCGCCAACCCUGAAGCUCAUCCAUUCGCUUCACCCAACCCUGACCCAUACGCUGCUGCUCACCCUGCAGCUCAGCCCCUACCUGCAGCUGGCCCCUUCCCCAGUGCCUAUCCUGGUGCCCAGCCUUCUGCCUCUGCCUCAGCUGACGCCUACGCCGCUGCAUACCCCAACGCCUACGCAUCACCCUUCAGCGGCGCUUUCACCUUGUAAUUUUAUAAAUUAUAUCAUUAAAUUUAAAGACAAUUAUUUUUAUUCAUUAAACUUUAUAUUUAUUGAUA